CAUCGCCCGCCCCUGCGCAGCCAUGAGGCUGUGCCGGCCCUUUGUUCCCGGGGGUCCGCGGCCGCCCAUCCCGAUGGCCGGGGCGGCCUGAGCCCGGCGGGAAGGGACGAGGAGGAGGAGGAGGAGGAGGAGGCGGCGCUGUUCCCAGCAGGAUGCGAUGGGGAACUGCUGGGCGCAGUGGUGCUGCGGGCUCUUCUUCCGGAGGGACGCGGGCCGGCUCCAGCGCGGCGGAGGAUCCAAGUAUUUUAGAACAUGUUCAACAGGAGAACACUUCACUAUAGAGUUUGAGAACCUGGUGGAAAGUGAUGAGGGAGAAAGCCCAGGAAGCAGUCACAGACCUCUGACAGAGGAAGAAAUUGCUGACUUGAAAGAGAGACACUACGACUCCAUUGCUGAAAAGCAGAGAGUUGUUGAUCUGAAGCUUCAGUCAGAGUUAGCCUUACAAGAGGAGAAGUUAAGACUAGAAGAGGAGGCUUUAUAUGCUGCACAACGUGAAGCAGCCAGGGCAGCAAAGCAGAAAAAGCUCUUGGAGCAACGUAGGCAGCAAAGGAUAACUCAGAGAGCACAUGCUGUAAAUAAUGGAGAGUUUCCCAGCUCUGUGGCAGAGGAGGAUCUCGAUCCUUUCUUAAGGAAUACAAAAUUCCAGUACGAAGCUUUUCGAAGUAGCAGGCUCUCAUCUGAUGCCACAGUGCUGACACCCAACACAGAGAGCAGCUGUGACUUGAUGACCAAAACCAAAUCAGUGAGUGGGAACGACGACAGCACCUCGUUAGAUUUAGAGUGGGAAGAUGAAGAAGGGAUGAACAGGAUGAUCCCGAUGAGGGAACGCUCCAAAACGGAGGAAGACAUCCUCAGGGCAGCCCUGAAAUUCCACAGCAGGAAGACGGGAAGCCACCCGGCCUCCGCCUCCGACGAUUCCAACGGGCUGGAGUGGGAGAAUGACUUUGUGAGCGCCGAGAUGGACGACAACGGCAACUCCGAGUACGCCGGCUUCGUCAAUCCCGUGCUGGAAUUGUCCGCUUCGGAUGUGAGGCUGUCGGAUUGCGACCCCCAGGACAGAUAGUGACGCCGCACGGCCCCUGCUUGUGACCAAAUGUCGGAGAGGGAAACAGAAUGUACGAAGCCACUUUGCUCUUUUGUAACCCGCUUCCCUUCUUCUUAUACGUGGAUCGGCAAGGAAUGGGAAUGACUUGCUGUCUGAAUUAGUUCAGAAUUAAGUGCAAUUUUAUCAUCUACCUUCUCAACUUUUGUGACAACUGGGAUGAUUCUGUUGUGUAUAUUUCUGGGUAUCUGGAUUUAAUAUAAAAUUAUCUGCACUAAUUGAAGCUUCAUGGCUUGACAUAUCUAUAUUUUAACUUGCCUUUUUUUUUUUCUCCUCUCGGUGUUUACACUGAUUUUGUUUUUAAAAUUCAUCAUUGGCCUAAUAUUUAUGUCAGAAAGUCUUAUAUAAUUUAUGUAAUACUUGAAUAUAGAGAAAUAAUUUAAAAAAAAAAAAAUUAUUUCCAGUCUGUGCUUUUUGACUUGCUCUUCAGCUAUUUAAAGGGUGCAGCAACAGCUGCAAAACAAAUCUGACACAUGGCAGUUUGCAGACUUUUCCCUGUCAAGCUUAAAAGUCUUCCUAGCCCUGUGUUGUCCUUUUCCCAUUUAUUUUAUUUUUUUUUUUAAUUAUUUUAUGCUAAGCACGGCUAACCUCAAUGAACAUAGUCAAAACCAUCAGGGUAGGUGAGAUAUUGUCUUGUAUAAUAUGCCAGACUUAGUAAGCGUGUGCUAGGUAGAAAAACGAAAAUAAAAUUAAAAUGUAAGUUCUUCAUGUGUCAAUAAACUGGCAGUUUUACCCAGUGUCUAGUAGAGAACUGGGAGGACCAAAGCCUUGAUUUCCCUGCCCCUCCCCUGCAGACCAACAUCUGUUGCUGCAGGGUCCUUAAAAUUCUUUAGUUGUGGAAAAUUUGUAAUUCAACUGCACUGGAACGAUUACUGGAAUCAACAUUCUGUGAGUGAACUGGGGGAGGGAUGAGAAGAACGAGGACCUAAAGACUGAAUUUCUAUCUCUGCAUUUUAAAAAGGAAAAAAAGCUGAUGUUUUAAGGGUGUGUUUAAGUGCUCUGCCUUUCCUGUGCCUCUAAACUGGAUGGUCAGUCCUGCAAAUAUGGGCUGAAAUUCAAGGAGCUUUCAGUGACUGCACAUCUGGUGUCAAGUGCUGUGUGGUCUCCCCUGAUAUUUCAUGUAAGUUAUACUUUUUUUAAAAAACAAACAAAAAACGGCCUGCCAAACACUUGUAGAUCUCAAGCUUUCCCCAAAGUUUCAAGUUUCAAAGUAAAGCCAUUCUGCUCUACUGUUAUUUUGUGUAGCUGUUUUGUUUUUCCAUGGCUUAAAAAAGGGGCAAUGGGGGUGUAACUUCACCACUGUGGAGCCGAAGGAACACGCUGUGAGAAGUAAUAAACCUUCAUCAUUAUCAUCAUCAUCAUAACUGAAUUUGUUGGUGAAAGUUGUGUUGCUGGUUUAAAUCAUCUGAGACUAUACAGAAUAUUUGGGACAGUGUGGAUAGGGAACAGAACUACUGCACACUUGGAUUAAACACAUACAAAUAACAUGAAACAACAGAUAAAUCCUGCUGGUAACAUUCCACUCUCUUGAUUUCAGUUGUAGCCAUGUCUCUGAAAAUAUUUCAAUGUCAUUAUUUACGUUUGCAAAGCCUGUAACCAGCUUUAAAAGUUUGUACACAUCAACUGUAUAUUUUGGGUUUGGCCUAAGCUACUGCUGUGUGACUUCUCCUGGAUGUUUAUUUGUAUAAUAUAUUCCUGCUGGGAAUGAAGGCAACUUCCUCAACGUGUAAAUAACACAUUUUUUUUUUUUACCUGCUGAGGCUGUCACCUCCUCUGCACUGGUCACUCCUUUCCCUGGCCAGUGACCAUGAGCCUUGCCCCGACCAUGCCUUGAGGAAGUCCAUUAGCUGAUGGUCCUGCUCUUAGGAUGAACAGUGACUUAGGAAAAAGGAAGCUGACUCCAGCUUUUUCUGUGAUGGGCAUGUCCUGCAGCCAGGGUUAAUAACAUUUUCAGAGCUCAGUGCACCUUUGGUGCUGAGUGACUUUGGAAAUGAUGCUCAGUAUUUGUGGAUAUUAAACUGGGAGAUUCUAUGAACUGCUCACGGGAAAACGAUUCAACGGUACUGUAAAAUGCAUAUCUGUACAAAUUUAAAACUCAUUAAAAUUUUCACUCGGUCUUAA